AUGGAUAACACACAAUUCGCCAAACUUAAUAAAUGUUUAGAUGGAAAUAUAAAGUUGUCGAACGAAAAGGAUUGCGUGGUCUACACUAGCGAAUUGUUGACCAUGGACAGCAGCAGCAGCGAGGAGGGACGCGAGCAGCUAACGGAGGGGCAUGCCACCAUGCGGGACACUUGGGGCAAGGGUGUUGAGUUUCUGUUUUCCUGCAUAGCCUUGAGUGUGGGCUUGGGCAAUGUUUGGCGUUUUCCUUUUAUAGCGUUGGAAAAUGGUGGCGGUGCCUUUCUUAUACCCUAUUUGGUGGUGCUGUUGCUGGUGGGUCGACCGAUCUACUAUCUGGAGGUUAUCAUUGGACAGUUCUGCAGUCGAGGCUGCAUUGGCGCUUUUGAUAUGGCGCCCAUUUUUAAAGGUGUGGCCUAUGGUCAGGUGUACUCAACCGCAUUGGCUACCACGUACUAUGCCUGCAUCAUGGCCCUGACUAUACGCUAUUUGGUGGUCUCCUUUUCCGAUGUGCUGCCCUGGACGUACUGCCUCAUAGAGUGGGGCAGUCAGUGUGUAGCGACCGGAGCGGCUGGCAACAACAGCAGCACUCCAGUCCACGGUAUAUCCUCAGCGGAGCUAUAUUUUACGCGCACAGUGCUGCGUGAGCCAGAAAGCUUGGAUGAGGGCCUCGGCACGCCCAGCUGGGAGAUGGUCAUCUGCUUGCUGGUCACCUGGAUCAUCAUUGCCCUCACCUUGUUCAAGGGUAUACGCAGCUCGGGCAAAGCAUCCUACUUCUUGGCACUCUUUCCCUAUGCCAUCAUGCUGAUCCUGCUGAUCAGAGCGGUAACCUUGCCGGGCGCCUGGCAGGGCAUUGCCUAUUUCAUACAGCCACAGUGGAGGCAGCUGCUCAAUCCGCAUGUCUGGUAUGCGGCCAUAACGCAGAUGUUCUUCUCCCUGGCCAUUUGCUUUGGCACACUGAUCAUGUAUGCCUCCUUUAAUGAGUUCAAUAAGCGUGUGCACAAAGACGUCAUCAUUAUCACAACUAUAGAUUCGUUUACCUCCAUUUUGGCCGGCUGCAUCAUCUUUGGUAUUCUGGGCAAUUUGGCGCACGAGACAAACACCACGGACAUAUCGCAGGUGGUCAAGGGCGGCGCUGGCUUGGCCUUUAUCUCGUAUCCGGAGGCUAUAGCCAAGUUUAAGUAUUUGCCGCAACUGUUUGCCGUGCUCUUCUUCUUCAUGCUGCUGGUGCUGGGCAUUGGCAGUAAUAUAGGCAUGGCCACCUGUGUGAUCAAUGUGGUCAAGGAUCGCUUUCCCCAACUGCCACACUGGCAGCUGGCCAUUGGCGCCUCAGUGAUUGGUUUUGUGUGCGGCCUGGUCUACAUGACGCCUGGCGGGCAGUUUAUACUGAAUCUGGUGGAUUUCUAUGGUUGCACAUUCAUUGCCCUGGUGCUGGCCAUUGUUGAGCUGCUGGCUGUGUCCUGGAUUUACGGCGUAAAGCGCCUGUGCAGCGACAUAGAGUUUAUGCUGAAUGUGAAGACCAGUUUCUAUUGGCGCAUCUGCUGGGCCAUUGUGGCGCCCGGUUUGAUGUUCCUCGUGCUAAUCUAUAUGCUGGUCAGCUAUGAGCCGCUCACAUACAAAGGCGUCGCCUAUCCACAGGCAGCCUAUAUGACUGGCUGGCUAAUCUGGGGCCUGGGCGUGGCGCAGCUGCCCUUCUGGGCGCUCUACAUGAUUUACCAACAGCCCGGCCAGAGCUUUCGCAGCAAACUCCAACUUGCCCUGCAGCCCACGGCGGAUUGGGGUCCACGUCAACCGCAGCAGCUGCAGGCUUACCUGAUGCAUCGCCAGCGCGUGGUGGAGUCUAAGCUGCAACGCGGCGGCUUCUUUUUUGACAACAUCUUUGGUUAGUUGUAGAGCUCGUCAGUAUUUCAAUUUAUUUCAAAAACUAAUUUCUCAGCAUUUUGAAAAUACUUUUGUACGCUUUAUUUCUUGAAAUGACCGAAAAAACAAACCGCACAAAUUUAAAUGAUUUUCGUUUGUUUAGAGCGUUUUUAGCUUUUUAGGUAUGAAAAGAAUUUAAAAACUAACAUUUUUUGCAGAUUUCUGUUUUGCAAUUGUUUAAUUAUGUUAAUAAUAGGCUUUAGCAUUUUAGCAGCAAUUUUCAACUAUUUUAU